CCUGGCGACGACAGUGAGACGGAACAUCGGCUUCAAACAUGGCGUCUCCUGGGAGAGCUCUGCUGCUGCUCUUCUGCGCCGUCUUCGGUGUCGAGAGUGCCCGCAUUUUGAUGUUCUCACCCAUCGGAGCGAAAUCUCUAAAGGGCGUAUUCUACGGAUUGGGCACUGCUCUCAAUUCCCGAGGCCAUGAAGUGGUGUUCUUCAACGGGUUCAAGCCUUCAACUCCUGUCAAAGGCAUCAAGGAGGUUGUACCGGAUGAACUUGCGACGCUGUAUGCGGACGAAAACAUGCCGAACAUGUUUAAGAUGAAUGAAAAAGGCAUCCAGGCUGGAUUUAAGCAGUACGCAACAUUCAUGUCUGAGGGUCCACGUGCCACAUUAGCGAGCAAGGAGGUCGAUGAGCUUUUGAAAGAGAAAUUCGACCUGGUCAUGUUUGGUCCGCUCGGUUACCCUUUCUAUUUCAUGGCACAUCUGCUCAAGGCGCCAUUCAUUCUGAUAUCUCCGAUCUCUUACUAUCCAGUUAUGACAAGUGUGUUGGGCUCACCGACGCUUCCUGCUCUUCAACCUCUUCCACUCACUGCGUCAACUAACCGCAUGGGUUUUAUGGAACGUGUCAAAAACAUUCUGGGGUACGUCUUUAUGCACUCCGCACCCAGCAUCGUGUUCGCAAGGUAUGCGGACAAAAUGGUUGCAGAGAAGUUCGGCGAGGGCGUGAUUCCUCCAGCCAGAGAGAUCGAACGCAAUGCCAGCCUUGUCCUACUCAACAGCAACCCAAUGAUCGACUACCACAAGCCGCUGCUGCCCAAUGUCAUCGAGGUGGGUGGACUGCAUUGUGCGGACGCGAAGCCCCUGUCCAAGGAGCUGACCAGCUUCCUCGGCGACUCAGAGUACAUAUUCUUCAGUCUGGGCUCCGUGGUACGUCCUCAGGACAUGUCUGCGGGCCAACGCUCGGCUGUGCUCAACGCCCUCGGUGCGAUGCCGUUCAAGGUCCUGCUCAAGUGGGACACCACAGACCGCACCAACAUACCGGCCAACAUCCUGCCGUCCAAGUGGCUGCCACAGCAGGACAUCCUGGGUGACAGCAAGUGCAGGCUGUUCAUCUCACACGGCGGCUUCGCCAGCGUUCUGGAAGCCCUCUGUCAUGGCGUUCCCAUGGUGGCCAUGCCAGUGACGGUAGACCAGCAUUGUAACGCGGCUCACGCUGUUGAUCUUGGCGUGGCGGAGAUCCUGACGUGGGAGAGCCUGACGUCCGAAACGCUGCAGGCGGCCAUCCGCUCCGCCAUGUCUGCCGGGCACCGGGCGGCGUCCCGCUACCGCCAGGAGCUGCUGGCUUCUCAGCCGGUGCCGCCCCGUGACCUGGCCGUGCACUGGGUGGAGCACGUGAUCCGGCACGGCGGCGCGCCGCACCUCAGGUCGGUGGGCGCCGACCUCAACUUCUUCCAAUACUACUCGCUCGACGUGGUCGUCUUCCUGCUGGCGGUACUGGUGCUGGUGCUGAAGCUGCUGGUAGCUCUGGGCAAGUGUUGCUGCCGCUGUCUGUGCAGGCGGAAGACAGGUUCGGCGCAAACGAAAACCAAACGGUCCAAACGUGACUAGCUGCAUGCCAUCUUUACAGCGUGCCCACAAGUGCUGUAGUUCUAGUAUCUGAAAGAAUGACGAUUGCCUUUUCGGCAUCAAUACGUUUAUUUGUCAUGGGGUGUGUUCGCAGGUCGAGUCUGUUGACAUGGUAUUUUAUUUACAUGAUGUACAGUAAACUUUCGAAACGCUCGCGUGCUUUCACGCCAAACACACUGUUUGCACGCUCGGUGCCCUCUUGUUAGCGUGCUGCGUGCCUAGCUUGCCAUAUUUUCUCGGGAUCAACCACAAAGUGUUUGUCAUUUUCUGGAACACACUCGAUGUCCAUCCGGAAGUCAUUUCAAAUGACUGUAGCCCCCGAUCGCACGCACCGAAGCGGUUGGCUGCGAGUGCAGUUUGGGUCAGGUCAUGAGCGUUUGUUCGCAAGGAUCGAUUACUCCCAAGGCUGGACACUGCUGGGCGUGAAGUCAAAAUUGUGUUAAGCUGGCUGAAUGACGUAUCGGCAUGGGUUCUCUAGGCGGGGAGCAUUUCCCCCAUUUUCCAAAGGCAUG